AUGGGCUGCCACGACGAAUUGAGAGGAGGCAGUAGCGCCGGCGACGAGCGCGGGAGGGAGGGAAACGCAUGCGCCGGCGAACAGUACGACCGCAUCGCCGCCCUUUGGCUCGACGGCAUUGAGCUCCUCCGCACCACCGCCGCUAAGUCCACCCCGGAAGGCAUCGCGUUCCACGGUACUCCGGCUUACAUCUCCGACACAACUUCACCAUCCUCCUCCUCAUGCUCCUCCUCCUCUGUUGACGUUGACAGCCCCGACCCCGUGCCACCGACACUGCCGGAGUCGUACUUCCAGAACUUGUCCGACUCGCACUCCAGGCUCAUGACCAUUCCGUCGAACACCUAUCAAGGUGUUCAUGUCACCCCACGCGCUCGACGAGUUCUGGUAUGGUGGUACCCCAACCCACCGGACCUCUACAUCCAGGAGAACAACCUCACCAUGGCGCGGGGCAACGCCGUGUACCGCGAAAUCGUGGUCAGCAUGGACCACCACUUCGCCAGCUCCUUCGUGCCGUUCCCCGUCAUCUACACGGGCGGCAUCAACCCACUCUACUGGCAUCCCGUGUCCGCGCUCGGCGCGUUCGACUUGCCGACCUACUACAUCGAGCUCACCCCGUUCCGGGGCCUCCUCAUCGACAGCAAGGCCGACGAGAUUGGCCUUAGUGUGGUGGACGGCAUCGCCGAGUGGCUCGUGGACGCCAACCUACACCUCUGGCUCGACCCGGGCUUGUCGGACGUGCAAGCGUCGCUGGGCCGGUACAAGACGUCGCGGUUGUCCAUCACCUGCCGGUAUGCGUACGCGACGCAGCUGCUAGACAAGAGCUUCAACAUCCGUACCAAGAGGAAGUCCACCUUCAGCGGCCGGGUCAAAUCCUUGCUCGGCAACUUGAUGACCGAGGUGGAGAUGGAGCUAGACGAGCAACCUGGUCGGGUUUAG